AUGUGGGUGCGGCAGGACCAGGCGAUCCUCUCUGCCAUCCAGGGCUCUCUCGGCGACGGGGUCGCAGGUCUCUGCCUCUUCGCUGCCACCUCCAUGGAUGCCUGGACGACCCUGGAGCACGCCUUUUCCCAGGUCUCUACCUCCCGCUCGAUGGCUCUUCGCAGCGAGCUCGUCGACAUUAAGAAGCUGGACUCCUCCGCCACGACCUACUUCAACAAGGUGAAGGUGCUGGCGGACACACUCACCUCUAUUGGUCGGCCGCUCAGUGAUGAGGAGUUUGCUGGCUUUGUCAUCAAAGGCCUCGACGCCGACUACGACAAUCUCGCCAAGGCUGUUCACAACGCCAAGCCAGCGAUGCCACCACACGAGCUUGAUACGUCUCCAACUGCUCAAGAGGUAGCAGAGCUCUACUCACGACUUCUCUUCACCGAGCAGCGCAUCGAGGCUCGUCGCUCCUCCGCCACCAUCACCUCACAGCCGGCGGCCUUCUGGGCUUCUCACAGCCAGCGUCCCCCUGCCCCUUCACCUGGGAAGCCCGCCCCGCCCCCUGCAUCGACCCUGGGUGGGGGCCCUAACACUCGGGUGGUAUGCCAGCUAUGUGGUCGUGAACACCAUGUUGCCUCCAAGUGUCACCGCCACUUUCAGAGGAGCUUUCUGGGCAUCGGCAACGACGGCAAGGGCAACGAGAGCCAAUUUGCGAUGGCAGACUUCGGUCCCCCCGCCGCCGCCCCGGCUGCCCACAUCGCCGCCGCCCCGGCUGCCCGCAUCGCCGCCAAGGGCAAGGACCCGCACGUCGACCAGGGGUACAUGCCGUCCUAUCCUGUUGAUCCAGCCUGGUGA